AUGGGUGGAUGCUCCGCUCCAAACUGCUCGAACUCCACAACUAUUGGAAAGCAGCUCUUUCGCUUUCCGAAAGACCCCGUGCGCAUGAGAAAGUGGCUUGUAAACUGUCAUCGUGAUUUUGUUCCGACUCCCUGCUCCAGACUGUGCCAGCCCUCGGUGGAUUCAGAGGAGGAUGGGGUUCAGAGGACUGACGAGGAGCGACCUUGCUCUCUCUGCCAGCAUUAUAAGAUCAAACUGGAGCAGCAUCAGCAGCACACAGUCAGACUACAGAGAGAGGCGGAGGAAAUGAAGAAACGCCUUUACAAACUGAGUAAAAUAGAGAAGGGGCUACAGGUUUUUCUGUUUGAGGAUCAGAUAUGUGCCCUAACGUUAGCCAAGCAUUCUCGGAGGGCAGUGUGGUCCCAUGGAACUUUACUGACAGCCCGUAAAAUCCGCUGUGCAGUGGGGGUUAAAAGAUACGAGUACCUAAGGGAACUGGGCUACCCCUUGCCUUCUUACAGGACGCUGUGUAAUCGCCUAGAUCCCAAAAUGAUGGUGACCACAAGUAUGCAGGACGAACUAGCAGAGCUGGGCCUGGGUAUCAUAACAGCUUGUGACAGUCCAGAGGGCAACGUGAUGAGUGAUGAAGGACUGAUUGGAGUCAUGACCUGAGACACUGUGUUUGUAAGAAACUGCACUAAUGCUGUUAAACUGUUAAACCACCCGAGGGUGAAGCUGCGGCAGGACUCACAGAGGAUGCUUGUUUACUGGGUUAAGUUAUUUUGGAUUGUUGUUGUUGCAUUUAAAAAGCAUUUGCAAUAAUACCACAACCGUCUAGAGUUAAUUCACUAUCAUCCAGAAAUAAAUAUUUGGUUUUGCUG